UCCGCCUCUUCCUGCUACUGUAAACACUCGGAAAACUUCCCGAAUUCCCGGAGUCAGACUUUCGAGACGGUGCAGUGACAACUCCAACUGUGAGGUGUUUUAAGGAAAAAAAUAUAUAUAUAUAUGUAUGUGUGUGUGUCCUUUUCUAACAACCCGCCUUCAUUCCCGUCAGACUCCAUUCGAAGUUCAAAGAAUAAUCAUGGCACCAAAGAGACGCUCUGUUGCUGCAGCCAAGGCGCGCGGCAAGAAGGCGAAGACAGAGCCCGAGUUAUCGAAGCCUGAGGAUGCCUUUACCUCCACCAAAAAGUCAAAGGCACAAGUCAAAGGCACGAAGAAGGUGGACGGGCAUUGCUUCCUGUCGAACGGCGCAGAGGUGCACGGCGACUAUGACUGCAUACUCAAUCAGACAAACAUUGGGCAUAACAAUAAUAAGUUUUAUGUAAUUCAAGUCAUUAAAAAAGCCAAUGAGUACUAUUCAUGGAACAGAUGGGGAAGGGUGGGAGAGGUAGGACAAUCCAAACUGAAUACUUUUUCGGACGUUGACAGUGCUGUGAGGGACUUUGAAAAAAAGUUUAAGGACAAGACAAAGAACAACUGGAGUGAUCGCAUGAAUUUUGUGUCUCACUCUGGGAAGUACACCUUGAUCGAGGUGGAUGGGGAAGAGGAUGCACAGGUCAAGGUGGACAUUGUUGAUGGAACGGCUGUCGAGGUCACUAAAAACGUCCUACCUUGCAGCCUUGAUGCACCUACACAGGCACUCAUCAAGCUCAUUUUCAGCAAUGACAUGUUUAAGGAGGCCAUGGAAUGUAUGAACUUAGAUGUCAAGAAGAUGCCUUUGGGUAAGCUCAGUAAGGAUCAGAUCAAAAAGGGCUUCGAGGUGCUGGGCCACAUCAAAGAAGCGUUGAUUUGCAAGAGAGGGUCAUCUUUGGAAGAACUUUCCUCCCAGUUCUUUACAACAAUCCCCCAUAACUUUGGUCGCAACAGACCACCAAUUAUUGACAACGAUGAAAUAGUGAAAAGGAAGAGAGAGAUGCUGAUUGUGCUUGCUGACAUUGAGCUCGCCCAGACCCUGAAAGCAGAGACAGAGAAGGCACAGGAAGAGAUGAUCGAGACUGUUCCUCACCCUCUUGACCAGGACUACAAUUCUCUUAAGUGCAAGCUCUCUCUGAUGCGCAAAGGCACAAAAGCAUUCAAGAUAAUAGAAACGUACCUACAGCAAACAAAGGGACAUUGUCAAACAAAAAUUGUCAAUGUAUGGGAAGUCGACAGACAGAAUGAGGGGGACCGAUUUCAAGAGAAUGACGCACUGGAGAACCGUCGUCUGCUGUGGCAUGGCACAAACAUAGCAGUAGUGGCCGCUAUACUUAAGAGCGGCCUAAGGGUAAUGCCCCAUUCAAGGGGUCGCGUUGGUCGGGGUAUCUAUUUUGCAUCUGAAAACUUCAAGUCAGGAUGUUAUGUGGGCAUGUCGAAACAUACUGGUGUGAUGUUUUUGGGUGAAGUGGCCCUUGGGAAAGAAUAUACCAUCACCGAAGACGACUCUUCCUUGAAAAAGGCUCCACUUGGAUUUAAUUCUGUAGUUGCACGAGGUCACAUGGAACCAGAUCCCUCUAAAGACAUCUUCAUCACCCUUGAGGGCAAGAAGGUGGCUGUCCCGCAGGGUAAGCCUAUAUAUCAAUCUCAGUACUCUGGGAGCAACUUCAGCAGCAGCGAGUAUCUCAUCUACAAAGAGAGUCAGUGUCGCCUGCGCUACCUGCUUGAGCUGAAUAUGUAACCCAGGUAAAGGCAUUUCCUUAAAAAGAGAAGACAUGACCACUUAUAGUUCUGGCUUUGCUUAUUUGUCUAUCUGUAUUUAUCCAGUUGUUCGACAGAUACUGAGUUUGAAAGAUUACACUUUAGUUUGUAUGCAGAUAUUUAUUUACUUACUUGAUGCAUCCUUUGAUUGGCUAAAACGAUCAAUAUUGUACCUUGGCUUGGAUCACAGUAAAUGAAUCGUGCAGGUGUACUUAAUGUUAUGACCGGUAACUGUAAAUAAUCUUGAUAGAUGCCUGACAUAAUCGUUUGAUGUCUGCUUAUGCUUUUAAUGCUUCACUUGGAUGUGCAUUCUGGUUGUGAAGCCUAUUCUGAAUCCUCUCGAAAAACUUGAAAAUGACCUAAAUUCUAUAAAUUGGAGCAGAAUUAUGUUGUUGUUGUUCUAUAAUUAUAUAAUUAAAAUGUGUCUAUAUUUUAAGAUGCUAAGAAAUUUCCCAGGAAGUGCUUCUGUUAUGCAAAGCAAUAUGUAUGUCUAUUGUAAAUAAGAAAUAUUUGGCGUAUAUUCCUUGCCUUGAUUGUCUCUUGAAAUUUUACAAAUACAGUGGAACCUCCAUAGUCAAACGCCUUAAAAGUGGUACAAUUUGGAGUUCAAACUGAAUUUUCUGGAACUUUUAGAACGAGAUGAGCAAUGCAAUUAGUUUAAUUUGCAAAUGCAAAAUCAUUUUACCAAACAGAUGCUAACGUAAAUAGCAUGUAGUUGGAAGUAUAUUGAGGUGCAAGGAAAUGACCUACAAAAAGCUUGCCAACAUUUUUACUGCCCAUUACACUUCAUUAUGUGUUGGCAGGUGUUUUACUUUACAGUGGUUCACAACUUUUCUUUCUCCUUGUAUGACCGUGAAGAAUGUUACAAUGCUAAUUGAAGCAUUUUAUUGUAAAGUUCUCGUUUUAUGUUGGCCACAGUUCGAGCCUUGAAGUAAUGAAUUCACUUUAUAUAUUUUCAAAUGGGAAACAUUGUUGGUUUUGUCAACCAGUGUCACAGAACGGAUUGUGUUUGACUUUGGAGCUUCCUGUAGCACCAUGCGGUGUUAGUAGAAUGACCAACAUGCUGUGAUUUGCACUAUAUGACAAAACAAAUAAAUAUGUCCCUCUAACUA